AUGGAUGGGCACAACAUCGGAAGUCUCUGUAUUAUCGAUGAUAAACCUCGAGCAGAAUUCCCACCGAGAUCCAGAUUGAUACUGAAGGAAUUUGCCGCGGUCACUAUGCGAGAGAUGGAGCUUUGGCGAGAUAAGUUGCAAUUGCGGGUCCGCGAUAAAAUCCAAACUUCCAUGGAGAAAUUCACUCGAGAAUGCUUGGAGAUGGAUGCCAAUUCUUCAGCUUCAAACGCUGAAGCGGCAGCCAAGAUGGAUCAAGUCUAUUCUCGAGCAGCCCAGCUCGUCUGUUCGACACUUGAUUUAGAUGGAUCGUUCAUCCUGGAUAUCAGCCAGAUCGAGAUGGUUCAUGUCGACACCCCAGCAGGGAAGAAGACGAUCUAUCGAGCCGAUCCAUACAGUACAGCCGAACAGCAAUCACCCGUGCUAGAACGAAGUGAAACGUUCGGCCCUGUCAAUGCUUUCCCUGUGCUAGCGACGAUCCCAAGCUCGAUGCCCAGUCGAUCACUGAGCUCUCACGAACAUGAAAAAUUCUCAGAGUUCUUGCGAGAUCAUAGGGAUGGCAAAAUAUUUGAAGGUAUCGCUCCUAUAUGGAUUAGAUACAUGUUUCCUCAGAAAUUCAGGUAUGGUAUGGUGGUACCUAUCUAUGGUGUAGAUCAACAGCCUUUCGCUCUGAUCUGUGCAUACACCACCAAUAAAGCCAAACAAUUCUUAGAAGGGUACGAACUUCAGUUCCUUAGAGCCAUUGGAGUCAUCAUCUUGUCUGCUGUAUUGAGGAGAAGGAUGGUCUUAGCCGAUAAGACUAAGAGUAUAUUGAUCUCUUCGGUCAGUCACGAACUUCGAACACCCCUACAUGGUAUCCUGGCAGCAGCGGAAUUACUCAGCGAUACAUCCCUCGAUUCCAACCAACUUACUUUCCUCAAGACUGUCCAGACAUGUGGAAACUCCUUGAUCGAAACUGUAAAUCACGUUUUGGACUUUACAAAGUUAUCCGGAUCGGGAAGUGGAAAGGCUUCCAGUGGGAAAUUGGGUAAAGUCAAUUUGGCCGCGCUGGUCGAACAGACUGUAGAAGGAUGCUGGAUCGGGCAGAGAGCGAGGUUUUUCAUGGGUGAUGCGGAUAUUGGAAGUUUUUAUGCUCCGCCUACUACAAGUGGACUGGUACCGAAAUCGCAAAGAGCGCAGGUCGGAGAGAAAUUGUCUCAUGUAGAGACUGUCAUUGAUAUUGAUCAGAGGGAGAAGGGCUGGAUGGUAAGGUGUGAGAAAGGUGGUCUGAGAAGAGUCCUCAUGAAUUUGGUUGGAAAUUCGUUCAAAUUCACAAAGGAUGGAUAUGUCCAAAUCACCUUGCGAGAGAUGCCUCAUCCACCUGGAUCACGUAUGAUACCUGUUGAGAUGGCGGUGAUAGAUACUGGUAAAGGAAUAGGAAAAGACUUCCUCAAAGAUCAAUUAUUCCAUCCCUUCUCACAGGAAAACCCUCUACAAACCGGUACCGGUCUUGGUUUGGCCAUUGUCAAUUCCAUCGUUCGAUCCGAGAAUGUCAACGGGAAAGUCGACGUAUGGUCAGCCGAAGGGAUGGGUACAGAGAUCAAAGUGUCCUUCGAAGUGGAAGUGGACGAUGACGAUGAUGAUACGUCUUCCAACUCUUCACACAUCUCCUCAAGUACGACGAUGACUUUGGGUCAAGGUCUCAACGUCUCCUUCUUAUCGUUCCACCCUGAACAUCGUGGACACCGAUUAUCUCUUGAGGUACUUUCGAUGUACGCCAACGCAUGGCAGUUCGGUAUAGUCGAAGAUCCCUUGAUCAGCGAUAUCAUAGUGAUCAACGAGGAUGAAGCCCUUUUUGAGGAAUGUCGUAACAAAGGCAAACCUGUCUUAUAUGCUGUUGCAGUAAGGGGGAUGGAGGUUAAUCAAUGUUGUGAAGCUAUCAAGAAGAAUGGAGGGUUUUGUCACCUACUGUAUAAACCUAUUGGACCAACGGCAUUCUAUAAUGGAUUGGCAAAAGCUAUCGAUUGGUUGAACCAUGCUUCACCGGGCCAAUAUAAUCACAAUAUCGAUAUUGAUGUUGACGAUACUCAGUCGAACCAUAGUCAAGAUAACCAGUCAAGACCUAGUAUAUCAAGAGGAUCUUCAGGUGCUUCAGCUGAAUCCAAUUCGACCAUCAGUGAAUUAUCCAGUGUACGAUUCGCUCAACCGUUAAGAGAUCAUAGAUUACCUUUACAGAGAAGACGAUCAGAAGAGAAUGAACAGGUCCAACAAGUCAUUAGACCAUCCCUUGGACCAAGAGGGAUGACAUAUCAUGCUCCAAGACGAGUCACCUCUGCUUCUGUCGCAAGUGAUGAUACGGCUCAAUCUUCACCUCAACAGGGAUCUGCCUCGCCGACGUCUACCAUAUCGACUAUUUCCCUAGCGGAUGGCGGAGUCAUGUUGAAAGCUGCUACGGUACCUACCGAGACGCCAAGAAAGGGCAGGUCAGCGAGGGUCAUGGUGGUGGAGGAUAAUGUUAUCAAUAGGAGAGUAUUGGGAGCGUUCUUGAAGAAGAGGGGAUUCGAAUAUGCCGAAGCUGUCGAUGGAAGAGCUGGUGUUGACCUCUUUGAGAGUACGCCGCAGAAUUACUGGGACGUCAUCUUGAUGGACAUUUCCAUGCCAGUCAUGAACGGACACGAUGCGACUCGAGCAAUACGGAAGAUCGAAGCUACUCGUCGAGAUGCUCCGCAGGAUAUCCCUUUUGUCCCUCCACCCGGGAGACCAGUCUCCAUACCGCCAGUCAAGGUCGUGCAGGCCCGUGCUAAGAUAUUCGCUCUAACUGGAUUGGCAACGCAGGACGACAAGCGGGAAGCAUUUGGAAGUGGGGUAGAUGGAUAUCUCGUCAAGCCUGUUUCGCUAGCGAGUCUAGAUACGAUAUUCAAGAAAAUCGGAUUCUAG